GAAGGUGACAGGUGCUGAGGUGCAGCGGCUAGAGGACCCACUUCGCUAGCCCGCGCCGAUCGUCCUCAACGCUCCUGCAACCUCACCGCACGUUUGUACAGGCACAGCACCACUCGUGUGAACCAUGUCUCUAUCCGGCUCGUCUCCGACGCUGUCGUCGUUCCGAAAGCAGCAUCUGCUCAUCGAGUUCUCUACCCUGCGGCACGCACAGCUUGAUGGUGUUUUCGUGAGCAUUACACCCGGUGAUCCGUCGCUGUGGGUUGGUGUCAUAUUUGUGCGAAAAGGUCCAUAUGCUCCCGCCGUUCUGCGCUUCCAGAUAUCCUUUCCGUCUAGCUUUCCAGCGCUCCCACCCCUCGUGACCUUUGCAACCGAUGUCUUUCAUCCUCUGCUCACGCCACUCACGACCUACACUCACACGACUGCUACCUCCGACACAGACACUGUUAGCGCAACCGACGAGGAACGGUUACCCCCAGGUGGAUUCAGCCUGCGUCAUGGGUUCCCACACUGGUUUGGCCGUGCGCGACAGUCUGGAGCGAGAUCACGUGGUGCGAGUGGAUCAGAGGGGGGCAGUCCAGCUCAAAACGGCAGACCUGUAGCAACGCCUGCGGCUUUAGGCGGUGUCGGGACUUCGUUUGGUACUACCGGUGUAUCCAUGGUGACUGUCCUCGAGUAUAUCCGGUCGUCGUUUAGUGAGGAGACAGUGCUGGACUCUGUCUCAUUAGAAGCGGCCGCGAAUCCAGGCGCGUAUCAUGCAUGGCGAGCUUUUCGUAGCUCGGCAUUACCACCACAGCAACCGCUUAGUCCAAUUUCAACCACCUCAAGCGAGGGAACGGCUCUAGGAAGGAAUCGACGGCCCGGGGAGUGGAACUGGGACGGUGUCUGGGAGGAUCGUGUGAAGAGAGCCGUCAAUGCUAGCCUCUCGGAGUCUGUUCUGUACGGACCGGGGGCCGGAGAGGAUAUUAUUCGCUUCCAGCAAGUUGAUGAUGACGAGACGGUAGCUGUGAUGAAGAGCCGGCUGGACGUGGCUACCACGAGAACAGCGGAGGCAUGAACACGACAAAUUCACCCCGUGUCGGCAGGGACGGCGUAGACGCGUCGAGGUCGCGGUUUCCGUCGAGGUUGACUCGAGAUGGCCACCACGCAAGCUGUGUUGCGAUCCUCGAAACACCAACAACAUCGAUAGCUAAUAUCACCGUUCCAUGCUCCC